AUGGCGGCGGGCGAGGCGGGGACCGUGACGGCGGAACUGCUGCUGCUGCUGCCGCCGCCGCCUCUGCCGCCAUCGCCGCCGCCCGGAGGAGCCGGUACGGAACGCGCCCUGGAAGAAGCAGCGGCCUCCGGUACCCUCAGCUUGGCCGGCCGCCGCCUCCGCGCUUUCCCGGUGGCUGCGGCGCGGCGGUGGGACCUCAGCGACACCACGCAGGCCGACCUCUCCCGCAACCGUUUUGGGGAGGUGCCGGAGGCCGCCUGCCGCCUGGUCCUGGAGGGGCUCAGCCUCUACCACAACUGCCUGCGCAGCGUCUCCCCCGCCAUCGCCAACCUCCAGGCCCUCGCCCACCUCGACCUCAGUCGCAACCAGCUGACCUCGCUGCCCGCCUGCCUCUGCCUCCUGCCCCUCCGCGUCCUCAACGCCGGCAACAACCGCCUGGCGCAGCUCCCCGAAAACAUCGGGGCGCUCGGCGCCCUGCGGCAGCUGGACGUCAGCUGUAACGAGCUGCGGGCGCUGCCGGCCGGCGUGGGGCAGCUGAAGUCGCUGCGGGAUCUCAACCUCCGCCGGAACCAGCUCACCGUGCUGCCCGCAGAGCUGUCGGAGCUGCUCGUCCGCCUCGACUUCUCCUGCAACCGGGUGGUCGCCAUUCCCCGCUGCUACCGGCGUCUCCGGCACCUCCAAAUCAUCCUGGCCGAUAACAACCCCUCCAGUCACCCCCCGCCCAGGUCAGGGGGGGUCUGCCUGAAGGGCAAAGUCCACAUCUUCAAGUACCUCCACCUCGAAGCCGAGGCUGCCACCGCCACCCGGCCCCCCCCUCCAUGCCUCACGGACGAGCUCUGCCCUCUCCGGCAGCGCGGGGGGUUGGACUCCGGCUUCAACAGCGUCGACAGCGGCAGCAAGCGCUGGUCCGGCAACGAGUCCACGGAUGAGUUUUCGGAGCUGCCCCGGCAGCCCAGGGAGAAGCGCAGCGGGACAGCCGGUGACAGUGACCCCGAGCAGGUCGACUUCAUCGAGGGCAGCCUCACCGGGGAGGAGGAGGAGGAGACCCCGCUUGAGGAGCAGCAGGGCUCGUCCCCAAGGGAAGGGGACACCCGGAGAAGGGAGCGGGUGGCAGGGUGGCCCCUGUCCCCGGGCAGGGGGAGGGGGCCGGGGAGGGCGGCGGCGGCGCCCCGAGAGCCUCCAGCUCUGGCAGGAGAGGGAGAGGAGGCAGCAGGCGAGGAAGAGCCGGGGGCUGGAGCAGAGGGAGAGCUUCCUGCGAGCGGCUGCCAAAGCCGCCCCGGCUGCUCCCCCCACGGCCCAGACGAAGCCCCCGGCCCCCCCGUGGCCCCCCCCGGCUCCUCGCCCCGCGCCACCCCCAAACCCACCAGCUUCCUCUUCCGCUCCUCCUCCUCCCGCAGCGCUGCCACCAACCCGGUAGGACACCGUGUCCCCGCCGUGUCCCCUCCCCGUGUCACCCCUCCCACGUCUGACACCCCCCCAAAUUUCCUCCCCGCAGCCCCCCCGUCCCGCGACGCCCCCCCGGACCCCGACGAGAGGGAGCUGAUCGCUGAGAUGCGGCAGAGCAUCGAGUCGCUGCUGCAGCUGCGGCUGCCGGAGGAGCUGGGGGAGGCGCUGAGCGACGGGGAGCUGCUGUGCCGGUUGGCCAACCGCCUGCGCCCGCGCCUCCUGAGCCCCGCCAACAGCCGCCGGAACGUGGAGAGCUUCCUCGAGGCUUGCCGGCGCCUGGGGGUCCCCGAGGUGAAGCCGCCCCCUCCCCGGCGCCCCCCCCCCGGGUUCCUCGCUGGCUUCGCCCUCUUCUACGGCCUCGUCAUGGCGUUGCUUUACGCGGCUUAUCGCGCUCUCUUCGGCUGCUGAGGGGGGGG